ACAGCCUCGACACGAGAGACAAGAAGAACAAGUACAGGAAAAUGUCAAGUCGCCACAUUUUCUGCUGAGAUUUCGCUUCAAGUGCAAAGAGGGACAUCUAGAAAUUGUAUAAAGAGAGAGAGGGGGAGAAAAGAAGCAUGGUCCAACCAGCAGUCGAGGUCCUCCACUUCAGAGACAAGGAGCAGUCCUCCAGCCUUCUCCAGCAACUCAACAGACUGAGACAGGAGAAUGUCCUUACUGAUGUGUUACUGUGUUCAGACAAUAUGGAGAUCCCAUGUCACCGCAAUGUCCUGGUCUCCAGCAGCCCUUAUUUCAGAGCCAUGUUCUGCAGUGACUUCGUGGAGAGAAAACAGACCAAGAUUGAAUUGAAGGGUAUCACGUCGGCAAUUUUGAGCAGUGUUAUUGACUACAUUUACACAGGGCUCAUUAGCAUCACAUUGGAUGUUGUGCUACCUCUGAUGCAGGCAGCGUCCAUGUUGCAAUAUGGCCGCCUUUUUGAGGCCUGCUCAGGUUUUCUCCAAGGGCAAUUGAGCCCAGACAACUGUUUGAGCAUGAUAAGACUCUCUGAGAUCCUGAAUUGUGACAGUUUAAAGGAAAAGGCCAAGGAGAUGGCUGCGAGGAGCUUCUCUGAUGUGUCAGCAUCUGAGGAUCUUUGUGAACUUUCUUUACCAGAGCUCAUUGGCUACUUGGAGGACGACAGCCUUUGUGCCGAGGAGGAGCAGGUCUUUGAGACGCUGGUGGCCUGGAUCCACCACGAUCCUUUUUCCAGACGUGGUGCCAUCAGUGAUCUUUUCAAGAAAGUCCGUCUCCGCUACAUCCACCCAACCUACCUCUUCCAGUUCAUUGCCAACGAUCCCCUGAUUCAGUCCUCCACCCUCUGCACUGAGCUGAUUGAAUCUGUUCGACGCCUCAUGUUCUCUGUCAACAUAAAAUCUAUCAGAAAUAUGACAGCUGAAUUCCAACCGCUUUGGGUGGCACCAAGACGGUACACUUGCCAUGAGACACUGGUGCUUGUAGGGGGGAGGAAGAACAAUGAGCAAACGUCGAGGGAGGCCCUGAUCUUUGAUGAGAAGAGACAGAAUUGGCAGAGGCUUGCCAAGUUGCCUGUCCGCCUGUACAAAGCCUCCUACGUCUGCCUCCACAGCGUCCUCUAUGUUUUGGGAGGCCUGAUCGCCAACACUAACCACAGCCAGGUCAGCACAACUGUCUACACCCUUUCUCUCAAAACUAACCAGUGGUGGACAGUGGAGCCCAUGCUUCAGCCUCGCUUUGCCCACAAAAGCGUCUCCUACCUCCACUUUAUCUUUAUCUUGGGUGGACUUGGCCCCGAUAGACGGGUGUGCGACAGCGUGGAGAGGUACAACAGUAUGUUCAACCAAUGGGAGUCUAUGGCACCCAUGCCUGAGGCUGUACUGCAUCCAGCAAUGGCUGCUACCAACCAAAGGAUCUACAUGUUUGGAGGAGAAGAUGCGAUGCAAAACCCUGCCCGAAUAAUACAGGUAUAUCACAUUACUAGGAACCUGUGGUCUAAGAUGGAGAACAGGACAGUGAAGAACGUUUCUGCUCCGGCUGCUGUCAUCGAUGACAAGAUCUACAUCAUCGGAGGGUACACCAGGAGGAUGAUCGCCUAUGACACUAAGGCCAACCGAUUCAUCAAGUGUGCCAACCUAAAGGAGCGGCGGAUGCAUCACUCUGCCACCGUCCUUGACAGCAAACUCUACAUUACCGGAGGACGCUCCAUCAGCGGCCAUGACGUUAUAGAGGACUCGGACAGUUUCGAGUGCUAUGACCCACAGACAGACACCUGGACAUCCAAGGGGAGUCUGCCGUAUAAGUUGUUUGACCAUGGCUCCCUGUCUAUGACAUGCGUCUCACAGACGUGGGCAAAAUCAUAGCUGAUGAGUGUUGUAGAUAGUUAAGAAAAAAGAAGCUCGGGAGUCGUACUUGAUAUGACUUAUUGCUUUUAUCAAAUGACCUUGUAUGACCUAGGCUUUUGAAUGCUUGUUUUUGCCUUUUUUCCCCACAUUUAUGGUUGGAUCAAACAUUUUCAGAUUGUUUUCUCUGUUGUAUGAAAGUGCUUCCAAGUUUCAAUCGAUAAUGAAAACUGUAUGACCUUAUGCCAUUUUCUGAUUUAAUUGGACU